AUGCUCAACAUACGUCUUGCGCAGGUAGUGCGUGACGUUUCGCGUCGCCUGCGAGACAAGCCAUGGGGUAAUAUCGCGAGGUCAACCGGACUCAAAACAUUACAUCUCAUCAACAUUGCAUGUGCGGCUCAUUUGUUUGUAGAGCAUGUUGGGUGGGUGGCUGGCCCAUCUAUGCUCCCCACGAUGAGCGUGACCGGGGAAUCUGUCCUUGAAAACAGAAUGGUCUCCCCAGAAAACCUCCAACGGGGUGAUCUCGUCACAAUCACCUCCCCGCUUAACCCCACCCGUAUCGUCUGCAAACGUAUCCUCGGCUUACCCGGAGACGUCAUCUGCGUUGACCCCACCGGGACCCUCGCACCUAGCACGGAGCAUGUUCUGGUUCCUAAAAACCACAUAUGGUUAUCUGGUGACAAUGCUGCAUUCUCCAGAGACUCGCGUACAUAUGGCCCAGUCUCAAUGGCUCUUGUGAGAGGAAGAUUAGUAGCUAGAGUUUGGCCGCCAAGCAAGUUCACCGUGUUUCGUAACAACUUCAACUUCAUUGACUAA